AGCAGACCGCGUGGUCUUUCAGAGCACGCCGCGAUUCCACCCGAAGCACCAGCAGACUCCAGCCUUCACCAUGGAGGGCGACCAGCAGCCCAUCAAAGAGGAGGAGGAGAUCACCCUGAAGCCGAAGAUGACCUUGGCCAACGGCAUCACAGUCAUCGUGGGCAGCAUAAUCGGCAGCGGGAUCUUCGUCACACCCUCCGGGGUACUCCGGCAUACAGGCAGCGUUAACGUGUCGCUUAUUGUGUGGUUGGUUUCCGGGAUAUUUUCGAUGGUAGGAGCUUACUGCUAUGCAGAGCUAGGCACGAUGAUCCGAAAAAGUGGAGCGGACUAUGCGUACAUCAUGGAGACGUUUGGUCCAUUCCUUGCUUUCGUGAGAUUAUGGAUAGAGUGCAUGAUAGUCAGGCCGUGCUCACAAGCAAUCGUGGCCCUCACUUUCAGUGAAUACGUCAUGAAGCCUUUCUUCCAAGAGUGUGAUCCUCCAGACAGUGCUGCUAGGAUGCUGGCUGUUUGUUGUAUAUGUGUGCUAACUUUUGUUAAUUGUUACGACGUGAAAUGGGCAACGAGAGUACAAGAUGUCUUCACUUAUGCAAAAUUGUUGGCGCUGUUCAUCAUCAUAGCUGCUGGAGCAUAUCAGUUAUAUAAAGGGCAUGUGGAGCACUUCUCUUUCAUGAACACUAAGCCGGAAGUGACGUCUGUAGCGCUGUCGUUUUACUCCGGAUUGUUCGCAUACAACGGCUGGAACUAUCUGAACUUCAUUAUUGAAGAGUUAAAAGAUCCCGUUAGAAACCUGCCUCUGGCCAUCGCGAUAUCCUGCAGCUUGGUAACAGUAGUCUACGUGUUCACAAACGUCGCCUUCUACACAACGAUGUCUCCUGACGAGAUGCUGGGCUCCAAAGCGGUGGCUGUGACCUUUGCGAACCACCUGUUCGGCCCCAUGGCAUGGACCAUUCCCGUAUUCGUAGCCUUAUCCACUUUCGGAGCUGUGAACGGCAUUUUGCUGACGUCGUCUAGAUUGUUUUACGCCGGAGCGUGCUAUGGUCAGAUGCCGGAGCUGCUGACCAUGAUACAAACCAAGAUGUUGACUCCUCUGCCUUCCGUUUUAGUUAUGGCUAUCCUCUCGUUGCUAUAUCUAGUCGUGUCGGAUAUUGAUGCUCUUAUAAACUACGUUGGAUUUGCAACAUGGUUGAGUAUCGGCGCGUCAGUAUUCUGCAUCCCUUGGCUGAGAUGGAAACGGCCCGAACUUGACAGACCAAUCAAGGUGAACCUUUUCUGGCCUGUUCUGUAUUUGGCCUGCACCGUUUUUGUGACGGCCGUUCCUAUGGUGGCCAGCCCGUAUGAGACUGGAAUGGGACUUCUGAUGAUUCUGUCCUCUGUUCCCGUGUAUUUCGUCUUCAUACAUUGGCCGAAGCCCAAGUGGUUUCAUAAAGGUUCCAACGAAGCUACGAAAUUCCUGCAGAAGAUGUUCGUCGUUGUCGGUAAAGCAAAAACGGAAAAAGUCUAAAGUGUCAUAUCUGUUGAUGAAGAAGCAACGCUUAAGGUUAUUGUUAUUCCAUCUGCCAAAGACUUGUUUAAUGAUACUGUUUAAUUUAAAAAUGGUUGACUUAUAGAGGUGAAUCUUAUUUUUCGAUUUAGAUGAAAUUGAUAAUCUCGAAGAAGCAAUUGCAUAGGUUGUUGAUUGAUAUCGGUCUUUAUAUAAGGGAAUAAUUUAGUUCAUAUUUUGAAGCAGCAGUAUGUUUUUUAGUUACAUCAAAUUAUCUAACACCAUUUUCCUCUGAAUUGUAAUAACUACAUGCCAUAUUUAUUGGAAAAACAUGAUGGUAGAGGGAAGCGAAUCCUCAAGUCCAUAUCUUGUAAAAGUUGUGUACCAACAUUUAUAACACGAGUGAUUCUGAACCCAAAAUUCUUACUUUGGGUGUUUACGAAGUACAUGGCCACAUGCUAGGAUUAUUGUUGUCCCAUCUGCCAAAGACUUGUUUAAUUUAAUAAUAGUUGACUUAUGGAGACGAGUCUUAUUUUUUUUUUCAUUUAGAUGAAAAUGAUAAUCUCAAGUAGGCAAUUGCGUAGGUUAUUGAUCGAUACCGUGUCUUCAAAGUAGAGUCAUUUAUUUUCACGGCUUGUAGGACUCGUCAAAAGAAGUUUAUAUUCCAAAUAUCACCUAUAUCAAAGUUGCACAAUGAGAGAGUUAGUUUGCAUUAUUAAAAAUUAUUUAAAAGGAACAAAUAUCAAGUUAAAUGGAUACCGUUUUUACAAAAACUGCUCAAAAUUGUCCUUAUUUGUUCCAUUAACGCAAAAUCUUGCUCGGGAAUCCACGACUCUUUACGAGCUUCGAAAAUAAAAUACAUGACUGAACUUUGAAAACACCCUGUAUAGCUGACGAUUUAAUAUGGUUAUAAUAUAGGUACUGUUUGAUAUAAAUAUUCCGACAUAUCAAAAUGGUGUAUCAGUUUGAUGUUUGAAGGGUAGCGCAACAUUGCAUUUGAAAAAGAAGUAUACUUUAAUAAUAGUUCAACGGGUCUGUGCACUAGACAGCAUCAGAUUUUGAUAAUCAAGUAUGUCGACUUGGUUUAUGUCUCAACUGUUUUUUUUUAUAUGUAGUCCGUUAUCGAGACGAGAACGGGGGCCAAUAUAGACACUAAAUUUUCUCUACUAUAACUAACAUAAAAAUGCUGCUGCUUCUCAUAAUAUAACCUCAUAUAUAUUGUAAAUCAGUGUUCAACUACUUGAUCAAAAUUUAUCAUAAUCUGCGUUCCGAUUGAAAGUAAAGUAUUGCGUCUUGAUUUCUCAAAAUCAAUUCAUCCCUUGUAUAAACUUGACAAUACUCUAACUUGUACAGUAUUAGAUAUUCCUUUCUACUUUUGACAUAUUUUUGUAUUUAUUUAUUCUAUUACGUUUUAUAUGGUCUUUUUAGAAUAUUGUUGCCUACAUCGACAAUAAUUUUAUUGUAUGAUGUCAAUGGUUUUCAAAGAUUUGACGACUCUACAAUGUACAAACAAAUGCACUAACGUAUAUGUAUUAUAUUGUCAUAUUUUUGAAAAUGGUUUCUUCCAGGGGAAAUAUAUGUAUAUUUGAUGAGCUAGUCCUUUAUU